ACGUGCCGUGACGCUGCAGGACUGGAAGUUGAGAGAGCGCGUGCCCCCAACACAACCAAAACAAUGAAAGCUAUCAUUCAGAGGGUCACCAAGGCGACUGUGACAGUGGGAGAGGAGCAGAUCAGCUCGAUAGGACGAGGACUGUGUGUGCUGCUGGGUAUAUCUGUGGAGGACACCCAGAAGGAUGCUGAGUACAUGGUACGCAAGAUCCUGAACCUGCGGCUGUUUGAGGACGAGAACGGGCGAGCAUGGAGCAAAAGUGUCAUGGAGAGGGACUUUGAGGUGCUGUGUGUGAGCCAGUUCACACUGCAGUGUAUACUGAAAGGCAACAAGCCAGACUUCCACUCAGCCAUGCCUGCAGAGUUGGCCCAGCCCUUCUACAACAGCAUCCUGGAGAACAUGAGGAGUACCUACAAGCCAGAGCUCAUCAAGGACGGGGAGUUUGGAGCCUACAUGCAGGUCCACAUUCAAAACGACGGACCUGUUACCAUUGAACUGGUGUCUCCUACUGGCCCCACAGACCCCAGACAGCUGUCAAAGCAGGAGAAGCAGCAGCAGAGGAAAGAGAAGACCCGCUCCAAGGGCCCCUCGGAGUCGAGCAGGGAAAAAGGCGCUCUACGUUCCCGACAGGACCCCAACGCCAGUAGUGGAGCCGAUGGUGACGUGUCAUCAGAGAGGGAGCCCUAGGUCGUCAGGAUGUCAAACAGGGGACAGAACAGUGAGCCCAGUUUCCUCAGGAAGGCCUUAAUCCUCAGUGACUGUUACACCGGAUCGUGGACUGUCCUCCUUCCUUUGGGAAUCAGCAGGAUUCUUUUUGCCUGUCGCAGAGCAUCAUCCCCUUGCUGGUGUCCUUGGCUUCUCUCCUCCAGAAUCAGACAGGACUGGCUCGGUGUAAUGUCUAGCAAAGUACAGUAAAUAAGCAAAGUCUAACCAAAAGACAGUGCCCAGUUUUCUUAGAUUGAUGAGGGGAGAUUGAACAAGGGUGCAUAGGAAGGGAGCAGACAUCAGCAGCUCUGUGUUGUGUGGCAGAGCAGCUUUCUGUGCUCUCUUACUCUGUUUUUUUCUUACAGCCUCUCCGUGUUUCUACCUCCAUCUAUCUCUGCCUCUGUCUCUGUCUGUCUUUCUCUUUCAGAGUCUCCCCUGUCUGUCUCACUCUCAGUCCGCUGUCCCCACUUAAUCUCUGCUUAGAGACAUGGCACCAACCCUGGAGUAUAACUCAGCUCCAAGUCCUUGGCUUAUGGUACAGGCACAAGAACAUCAGGACAGUGAUAUCAGUUACAUCAGAACAUCAGUAACAGCCAUAUGACUGCCACAUCUAUUGCACCCGUGACACCUCAAAAUUGAUAUACAGUCGUUUCAUGUAUGAAGUUUAUCUUUAAAGGUUGUUGUACCUAUUUCAAUGGACUGUUUUAAAGGUUCUGUAUGUGACAUUCAGGGCAUUAGUAUAGCAGCAAACCACUAUAGAAUAAAGUCAUGCUACCUCUGUGUGUUUUAAUCCGAGCUUCUCUGUGGUUUGCUGUGGUAAGCCCGUCUGGCUGCACAUGCAUGUUGGUGCAUGUCUGUAUCCUACUGGCUAGCUCAUUGCCUCGCUUUACACUGCACUCAUGUGGCGUUUACCACUGAUAUCAGGUUGGCAUCAUUGCGGAAGCUUUGACACCAAUAGUUCUGUCAGCAUUGUUGUUGUUUAGCACUGUUUAUGGAGCUAGCACCGUCAGCUUCCAGCCGCCGGCUCAGCCACCUCCAUGUUGAGAACCAUGUGCAGCUCAUAUGCUCUGAAUUUCACAUUGAGCUCCUUCAAGGUCCAACUGAAACACAGAUCUGCUCUGUAAGUCUCUACAUAUCUAGCUUAGCAAACAAGCAUGCAUCUGUCACGGAGUGAGGGCCAUGCUAACAUCAGUUAGCAGGCCAGCUAGUUAGCUUAAUAGCUUAUAAACGUACCUGUAAAUGGAAACAUUGGACAGUUUGGAUGCAAAAUGCUGUUAUCUUUACUCGUCAAUACACUUGCCAACAAAAUAUUUGUCCUUAGCUAGUAACUAGGGUUACCAACAGAAGUUUGUUUGCAUUGUUUUCUCUGCGUUUGCUGCUCUGCCCACUCACUUGUGAAUCAAACACCUACACCGACUAAAGAAGCAUUUCUGAUGUACGUAUCUUACAUAUUUAAUUCCUUCAAUGUUUUAAAGAAUAUUGGCAAUGCAUUUAAAAAUUGCUCUCACAUGAAAGACCUCUGAUUGUCUUCAAGGUUUUAUCUUUCAUAUUUUACUUUUAGAUCUUUGCUUUAUUUUAGUUUAUACUUGGGGAUUUGAGCAUGUUUUUGGGGUUUGUUAUGCUAUUUCUCUUACUCUUUGCGGUUACCAUGGUAUGUUAAUUUAGUAACUUUAAUUUUACUGUACAGCACUUUGGUCAACUCUGGUUGUUUUUUAAAAGUGCUUUAUAAAUAAAUUUGAUUUAAUAUGAUUUGAUGAUGAUCUUAAAAACAUACAAUAGUUGUGAUUUCAGUUGAACCUUAAAAAAGUAAAGACCUGAAUAUCUUUUAAACAGUUGCCCCACCAGACCCUCACAGAAGAAAUGAUCGUUUUGACUGCGGGUAGUAUAGAGUGUGCCAGGGCUGACGUCAAAACCCAGAAGUUUAGCAUCGCAGUGGUUCCCGGAAGAGAAAGUGAAUGUGAUUUUUACAUUGCGUUUUGGAUUAUGUCAGAAAAUAAGCUCUGUGGCUAACACAAGAUUAUGAUACUUAAAGGUUUUGUUCAGCCAGAUAAUCUUCACAUAUGAACACUUUUCAUACUGCAUUUGAAGCUUAAAUGCGAUCGCCAGAAGUAAAAAGCUAAUGUUAGGCUUUAACAGACUACAUGACUACUCCACGGU